GUGGUGGCCGCGGUGGUGCAGGAGGAAGGCCCGCGGACGUGCAACAAGUUAAGAGGCCGCCGCCGUCGACGUCGCUGUCGCCGCCAGCGUUCUCGGCACGAUGUGACAUGGAUAUCCUCGCCGUAGCCUGCGCCCUCGUCGCGACGGCACUCUACUGUAACACCCUGCAAGCGGGUUUCGUCUAUGAUGACCGAAGAGCCAUCCUGACGAAUCCUGACCUGCUGUCGAGCACGCCGUGGUACCGGCUGCUCGAGAAUGACUUCUGGGGAACACCGCUGACGGAGCGUGGUUCGCACGGUAGCUAUCGACCGCUCUGCGUGGCCACUUUCCGUCUGAAUCAUUUUCUGGGUGGUCUUGAACCCUGGGGCUAUCAUCUGGUGAAUGUGGCGUUGCACGCCGGCUGCACUGUCCUCGUAGUCAGGGUCGCCAGAAAGGUCCUGCCAGGAAGGAGCAAUCUCGCGCACGCGAUCACGGGUUUCCUGUUUGCGGUCCAUCCCAUUCACAGUGAGGCUGUGGCCGGUAUAGUCGGACGUGCCGACCUUCUUGCCUGCUUCCUGACCUUGACAUCUUUCCUGACGUACUCGGCCCAUUGUAAUCGCACCAGAUCGCCAUUUCCUCUGCUGCUGGCCCUGGUGUCGUCGACGUUGGCCACCUUCGCCAAAGAAACGGGCAUAUCGUCCCUGGCUCUCUGCCUUCUGUGGGAGCUCUGUCGCGGCGAGCCAAGUCGAAAGGGCAACUGCGGAUUCACCCGGGGUCGCAGCGUCGGCAUUCUGUCAGGCAGUCUGGCGUUACUCGCGCUGGGCCGGAUCAGGCUCGCGGGUAUCAGGCCGGAGUUUGCCAGCGCGGACAAUCCAACGGCGAGGCAUCCGUCGCGCUUGACGCGCGGCCUCACGUUCCUCUAUCUGCCGGCGGCGAGCGCGAGAAUGCUGCUGUGUCCCAGCACCUUGAGCUUCGACUGGUCGAUGGACGCCGUGCCGCGAAUAACGAGCCCGUUGGACCCGCGGAAUUUGGAGUCGGUGUGUCUGUACGUCGCUUUGAUCGCCGCCGUUUUCUGGGCCGUGCGCGGCCUGCGACGGCCGUGCCGCCGGGAGUCGACGACGACGACGACGGCGACGUUCGGACUGCUCCAGGCGUAUCCACGCUCCGCGUCCUCCAGGUGUCCCGUGUGCGCAGGCAGACGCACGGGCGGCUGUCACACGGACGGCUGCAGGGCGGCCAAUAACAACAACAACAGUCCGCUAGGUGAUUGUCAUUGUGCCAAGAGGCCGAACAACGGUGGUGGCAGCGGCGCAUCUGGCGUCGGCCGGCACACGGCAGCUACCGCUGUCGCCGUGUCCUUGGGCUUCCUCGUGUUUCCUUUCCUGCCGGCGAGCAAUUUGUUCUUCUACGUUGGCUUCGUGAUAGCCGAAAGGAUAUUGUACCUGCCCAGCGUGGGCGCCUGCCUGGUGGUCGGCGCCGCGGUCUCCGGAUGCUACCGGAUAGCGAGAAGAAACGGCUCCAGGACGCGCGGCAGGGCGGUACUGUUAGCGACGGCGAUCCUUAUCGCCGCCAUGUCGACGAAGACGCUCGUGAGGAACGCCGACUGGAGGGACGAGGAGAGCUUGUACAGAUCCGCGUUGCACGUCAAUCCGCCGAAAGCUUAUGGCAACUUGGGCAGCAUUCUCAGCGAGCAAGGGCGAGUAGCCGAGGCGGAGGAAGCUUUCGUCCAGGCGCUUCGUUAUCGACCGAACAUGGCGGACGUGCACUACAACCUGGGCAUCUUGCAGCAGAGCAGGAAGAAUUAUGAGGAGGCGAUUUUGAGUUAUCAACGAGCAAUCCACUUCCGACCUUCGUUAGCUCAGGCUUACGUGAAUCUGGGAGCCGCGCUGAUUUCAGUCGGACGCGGCACCGAAGCGGCUGCGGUUUUGCGCGCUGGCGCAUCCUUGGACGGCACCGGUCUGAAGGACAAAAGGGCUCACGAAGCGGCCAGGGUGCAGGCCCUCCUUCAAUUAGGCGCGCUGUAUGCCGAUCAGGGUAGAUUACAAAGAGCCCUGUCGGCGUACAGGGAAGCCCUGCACGCCCUGCCGGAUCACUAUCCACCUCAGAGCGUGUACAAUUUGCUGGGCGAGACGCUGUCGAGGCUGCAACAGUAUGCGGAAGCGGAGAGGUGGUUCCAGGCAAGUUUGGCCAGCCAGCCUGACCACGUGCCGGCCCACAUCACUUACGGGAAACUUUUGGCACGGAACUCGAGCCGCGUCCUGGAAGCGGAGAGAUGGUUCCUGAGGGCCCGCAGGUUAGCGCCGGACGACCCCAGCGUGCACCACCAUUACGGGCUGUUCCUGACGUCGCAGGGUCGACUGGUGGAAGCCGCCGAGGAGCAGCUGCGAGCGGCCGAGCUGUCGCAGUCCGACUACGAGCUGUCCGUCGCGGCGGCCUCGGCGCUGAGGCAGGCCGAUCGUCGCGAAGAGGCCGAGGUCUGGUACCGACACGCGGCCAGCCUCAGGCCGCACGAGGCUCGCAGUCACACGAACCUCGGCGCGAUCCUACACCUGAACGGCAAGUACAAGCAGGCCGCCGCGGCGUACAGGGAGGCUCUCAGGUUGCAGCCGGGUGACGCGACGACCAUAACGAAUCUGCACAAACUCGCGGCGAUCUUGGCGUGACCUGAACGAGCCGGCGACGACGCAGGUGGUGACGGACAAGCGAGAGAAGAAGACGAAGAGGCGAGGAGAGACGAGAGACGGCGAGCACGAAGAUGGUGUGUGUAUCAUACGACCCCCGCGCGCGGCGAGGAGGAGGACCCCUUCUUACCGACUUUACCGUGUACCCCGAGAACUCCCACUGACCCGAUCUUCCUACCGAUAUUCGUUUAUAUCUCUGCGUCGGUGACACGCGCGUUCAUGUCGACGUCGUUCGCGUCGACGUCGCGCGACCGACUCGUAUCGCCUGCUAUGGUAUGUAAAGAAUAAAGCUUCCUUUAUUUUUCUCUAAUACA